AUGACAGGCCAGGUGGCAGCAGAGAGCACAGACCUGUCAGCCCAUCGGCUGUCAGUGAAGACGUCUCUGGAGGAGGAGCCUGAGAGAGCAGAGAGCACGCUGAGCCGGAUACAGUCUGUGUGUGAUGACACAUCCUCGGAACUACAGCGGGUGGCAACCCUCGAACCUCAUGGGCCCAGCUCACGGAACUCGUUUCGUGGGAGAGGUGCCUUGUCACGCUUGGUGAGGUUGGUAGUGACUCUGAGGGAAUGGGCCCACAAGAGUCUUCUGGAGGAAGAGGAGCGGCCGGACUCCUUCCUGGAGCGUUUCCGCGGGCCUGAGCUGCAAGUUGCCCCCAGCCGUAACAGCAACAAUGGCACCGAUGGAAAGGAGGGCGUUAAGAAGAAGUGGGAGGCCUUUGUCGUGGCACCCGCAGACGACAUGUACUACCGCUGGCUGUUUGUCAUCGCUGGUGCUGUGCUCUACAACUGGUGCCUCCUAGUGGCCAGGGCUUGCUUCGACGAGCUGCAAACCAGUCACCUAAUUCUCUGGCUAGUGCUGGACUACGUCUCGGAUGCCAUCUACAUCCUAGACACCUUUGUUCGGCUGCGCACAGGCUUCCUGGAACAGGGUCUGCUAGUGAAGGACCUGGCCAAGCUGAGGGACAGCUACGUCCACACAAUGCAGUUUAAGCUGGAUGUGGUGUCCAUCCUGCCGACAGAUCUGGCUUACUUGGCCACAGGUAUACACACACCCCAGCUGCGCUUCAACCGGCUGCUGCGUUUCCCCCGCAUGUUCGAGUUCUUCGACCGCACCGAGACACGCACCAACUACCCCAACAUCUUCCGCAUCUGCAACCUGGUGCUCUACAUCCUGGUCAUCAUCCACUGGAACGCUUGCAUCUACUUCGCUAUCUCCAAGUCCCUCGGGUUUGGCUCAGACACCUGGGUGUACCCCAACAUCACAAACCCAGAGUACAGCUCGUUGACCCGAAGCUACGUGUACUGCCUGUACUGGUCCACCCUCACCCUCACCACAAUCGGAGAGAUGCCAGCGCCCGCUCGCGAUGAGGAGUACCUGUUUGUCGUCUUUGACUUCCUGGUGGGUGUGUUGAUCUUCGCCACCAUCGUGGGAAACGUGGGCUCCAUGAUCUCCAACAUGAACGCCACGCGGGCCGAGUUCCAGGCCCGCAUAGACGCUAUCAAGCACUAUAUGCAGUUCCGCAAAGUCAGCAAGGAGCUGGAGACGCGCGUCAUCAAGUGGUUCGACUACCUGUGGACCAACAAGAAGGCAGUGGACGAGCAGGAGGUGCUGAAGAACCUGCCCAACAAGCUGCGGGCCGAGAUCGCCAUCAACGUGCACCUGGAGACGCUGAAGAAGGUGCGCAUCUUCCAGGACUGCGAGGCCGGGCUGCUGGUGGAGCUGGUGCUCAAGCUGCGGCCGCAGGUCUUCAGCCCCGGGGACUACGUCUGCCGCAAGGGCGACAUCGGCAAGGAGAUGUACAUCAUCAAGGAGGGCCGCCUGGCCGUGGUGGCGGACGAUGGGGUGACGCAGUACGCCCUCCUGACGGCCGGCGGCUGCUUCGGGGAGAUCAGCAUCCUCAACAUCCAAGGGAGCAAGAUGGGCAACCGGAGGACGGCCAACAUCCGCAGCAUUGGCUACUCCGACCUCUUCUGCCUGUCCAAGGACGACCUGAUGGAGGCGGUGACGGAGUACCCCGACGCCAAGAGGGUGCUGGAGGAGCGCGGGCGAGAGAUCCUGAUGAAGGAGGGGCUGCUGGACGAGAGCGCGGGGGGCGGGAUGGGAGGGGAGGACAUGGAGGAGAAGGUGGAGCGGCUGGAGGCCUCACUGGACGUGCUCCAGACGCGCUUCGCUCGGCUGCUCAAUGAAUACACCUCCACGCAGCAGAGGCUUAAGCAGCGCAUCACCGCCAUGGAGAGGCAGCUGUGCCGCGCCGGCGACGCGCUCCCGACUGACGCUGACGAGAGUGCCAGCCAUGCGGAGGGCGUGCCUGGCGAGGCCAGCAGCCAGUCCUGA